UAAAUAAUCGCUGCACAUGAAACAGGCAUGGCGUCCUUCAGCUAGAGACACAAGUGACAUCUGUUUAUCCAUUGGCCCUUUUGCAUAUAUUCAAGUUGUUAUUUAUUUAUCUAUGAAGGUGUGGAUAGAGGAGUUUCCUUCACAAUGGUGACCAGGAUCGCGUGUCAAGUUCUCCAGCGCCGAUUUGCCUCUGUCGCUGCUGCUCUGCGUGCAUCGCCUGCAGAGGUCCGUAGCCAGCGCAAUGCCGUCUUCUCCAGAGAGCAGGCCCGGCAGAGAGCUCUGUACCCUCGCAUCCAGAAGAUCGAGGUGUCCAUGCAGGGUCCGGGGAUGGAGGGUACACUGCUCGUCAUGAACAGAGGGAUGUCCACUCCACUGAGCUGCGCCAGACACUUGACAGAACAUCAUGAGACCAACUCAGCUCUGGCCCUGGUGGACGGGGAGCCGUGGUCCCUCCACCAGCCCCUCACCGACUCCUGCUCGCUCACUCUGCUCACAUUCAAAGAUAACGAUCCAACAGUCGUCAACCAGGCUUACUGGCGCUCCUGCUCCGCCCUGCUGGGUCAGGUGCUGGAGACCGCGUUCAAAGAGGACUUCGCUGUGGAGCUGCUCAGCACAGUGGAUGUCGCAGUCACUGCCGGGGCGUUCUGCUAUGAUGUGGUGCUCGACCCCAAGCUGGACUCAUGGACUCCCUCUGAGGAGUCGUUGCGGUCUCUCACCCGAGGGGCUCAGCAGCUGAUCCACCAGGACCUGGCCUGGGAGCCUCUGGAGGUGGUACCCUCUGUGGCGCUGGAGGUCUUCUCCCACAGCAGGUGUAAACAGGAAGAGGUGGAGCAGAAGGCGUCUCAGAGUCCCACUGGCACCGUGAUGCUCCACAGAUGUGGCGACCAUGUGCUGCUGAGUGCGGGCCCCCUGGUGGGCAGGACAGGCCUCUGCUCGCAGUACGAUGUGACGGCCCUCCACAGCCUGGGAGAGGGUCCCUGGGGCCUCCACCGCCGAGCACAGGGCAUCUCCCUGCCUCUGCAGAUGGAGGCUCAUCACACGGUGUGGGGGAAACUGAGGCAGCGGGCAGAGAGACGGGUUGAGGUGCCAAAACCUGAAGAAGUGACUCCACCCGCCUCCGACCAGCCAACAACAACCUCUGCGUAACCUCUCACACACACACACACACACUUUCUCAUGUAUCUGAUUGUAUAAUUUGUUCAAUAAAUGUGUAAAAUAACGUGACAAAUCA